AUGUUUGCUAUCCCUCCACCUCCUCGGUAUCCUACAAACCCCAAUCUUGCCGCUACAACACUCGAGACAGCGAAUACUUUGACACAACGGGAGGGACCUGAAUACACAUUCCAGGCUGGUGAAGGUAGAUAUGUCCUCCGAGACGACUUACAACUGGCGACCCCUCCUCCACAUCCUUCCGAAGCGCCAGUCAUAAAUCCCAACCCCUUGUCCACCAGUGUCGUCCCACCAACGACCGGGGUCAAGCUAUCGUUGGUUUCCUUAAAUCCGAAACAAGUGAGUCCGGAGAUAUACAGAACCACCACAGCUACCAGCAGUCUUCUACGAUGGAAGUCGCUGGGUCUAAACACUUCCAAAGAGCCUAAGGAGCCAAAGAAGCUUGAGGAGGUCAAGGAAAAAGAGCCAGAGAAGGAGCCCCGGUUGUCGAUCGAGACCACCAGCGACACCAGUAAUCCGGCGGGAUCGGCAAAUGGAAGUCACAAAUCCAGUACGGUGAAGGUUUUUGGCGAAGGAAACGCAGCGUUAUCGCCUGUUAUCAGCAGAGGGGAUAAUCUUAAGCGGCGGAAACCGAAGAACAACAUCGUUAAAAGUAACUCGUCUUUCGUAUCUCGUGUGAUCCCACAUGAAUCCAUGGCGAAGAAGCUUGCAGAAAGAGACCAGGGAGGGACGUUCUGCUUUGCCAACAUCAAUCGUGCCUUUCAGUGGCUCGAUCUCUCGUCGAGCGCCAAGCAGGAUCCCAUGACAAAGAUCCUCUUCACCAAGGCGCACAUGCUAUGUCACGAUGUCAAUCCAGCGACCAAGCACCAGACCCAUAUAGACGUUAUCAUGGGAUCUUCAGCGAGCGAUAUCAUCUGGUAUGAGCCGAUGUCCCAGAAAUAUGCUCGCAUCAACAAAAACGGUAUCAUCAACAAUUCGGCUGUGGCCAAGAUCAAAUGGAUACCCGGAUCGGAGAAUCAUUUUCUCGCGGCUCAUACGGACGGAAUGUUGAUCGUAUAUGACAAGGAGAAGGAAGAUGCGCCUUUUGUCUCGGAAGAGUUGGUGGACGAGGGCAUCAGCAUCGAGGAUGAAGACAAGUCCACGUUCGUCAUUACCAAAAGCGUCAACUCCUCCAAUCAGAGAGCGAAUCCGGUGGCUUGUUGGCGGAUAUCGACUCAAGCCAUCACCGACUUUGCCUUCUCGCCGGACAGCAAGCAUCUUGCCGUGGUCGGAGACGAUGGCUAUCUGCGCAUAAUUGACUAUCUGCACGAAAGGUUAACUGACAUCUACUCAUCCUAUUACGGCGCAUUUACCUGUGUCUGCUGGUCGCCUGACGGCAAGUACGUCCUCACUGGAGGUCAAGACGACCUUGUGACCAUCUGGUCCUUACAUGAACGAUCAAUCAUUGCAAGAUGUCAUGGCCACGACUCAUGGGUAACGGCCGUCGCGUUCGAUCCUUGGCGGUGUGACGAGAAGACGUACCGUUUCGGCAGUGUGAGCGAUGAUUGCAAACUUCUUCUAUGGGAUUUCAGUGUCGGGAUACUCCACCGACCGAAAGGGACCAUCGGACGACCCAGAGGGAGCAUAUCGGCGCAGUCAGUAUCGCUGCUACGUCAACGAACGGAGAGCGCGAGCGUUAUAAAUCGAGUCCGGUCCGACUCGAAUCGUACGGGCAGCAUCCAGGCCGACGUUGUGGACGAAUCCGAAUUUCUCAAUCAUGACGUCGAACCCAGAGCGCGAACUGCUCUACUGCCACCUGUUAUGUCCAAGAAGAUCGACGAACAUCCGCUGAGUGGUCUGGCGUUCGAGCAGGAUUGUAUUAUCACAUCGUGUCUAGAAGGACAUGUACGCACUUGGGAUCGACCUACAGAAGCCCCUGGUAGCAGCCAGAUCGACUUGUCGGACAAGCCGCGGACGUGA